AUGCUAGAUCCUUCCAGUCGGUUGAGGAAUGCGGUUAUCGAAGGUAAUCUACCUAUAGUCAAGAGGAUUUUAUCCCGAUUUCCCGAAUUAUGGUUGAAUUUGGAUUCAAAUCAUAAAGGAUGGUCGAAUUUACAUUAUUCUUCUUAUUAUGGCCACUACCUAAUAUGUUUCCACUUGAUAGCAUUUAUAAACAAGACAUUAGGAGAACUAUCAAACGCAUAUACGGAACUUGACCUUCUCACCUUUGAUAACAUCACUGUAUUACAUUUGUGCAUGGAGAAACACCAUUCACAAACACUUCAUUAUCUACUACAAGAGUUUCCUGGGAGACUUUGGCUAAACUUUCCCGCGGAAAAGACUCUCUCGAGUCUCGAGAAUACUAGAAAUAAGCAAGACUGGUUGGCAAAAGAUUACGCGUCAAGCUUUGACUUGAUCAAGGAGUAUGAGAAAAUGAAAAAGGAUAUCUUACAUCAUGACUAUUCGACUUUACCACCGGGAUUUAUCGACCCACUGAGCUUUAUCAACGAUUCAGAAACACUGUUUGAAGCUGAAAAUAAAGUACUUUCAAGUCCAUUUGUGCUGAUGACAAUGCAAAGUAUUGAUGAGGAUGCUAAAAAUGGGAGAAAACAUGCCAAUUCAUUACCGAGCAACCGCAAGUUACUGUCAAACUCAGUGCCAAAUGGAAGAAAUAGGUCCCACACUUCAUAUUCAAAUAAGCAUCCAGUAGGACUAACCAUCUCGACCGGAACCGACAAGCCCACAUUACCGAGCCUGAAAUCCUACUUUAAUUUCCAAAGCCCGGUAAUAGCUCCCUUGACACCUUUGACGACACAGCAGCAACAGCCCUCCAUCCAUAAAACGCAUUCUUUAAAGUCUGUCACAAUAUCACCAUCAGUUAGAGGAGCAGUAUUCACCAGUAAUAAUUUAGAAGACGAGCCUAGUUCCCCGCAAUCAAUCCUUUCCAGUGCGUCAUCCUACACAAUCUCACCCAAUUCCAAAUCAAAUACCAGAAAGAAAAGCUAUUCUUUUUCAAGAGGAGCUUCAUUACCCGCAAUUGCGUCAGGAAACAUGCACUGGCCAUUAGUUGAGAAAAAACCCGCGUCUGAAGAACCAGAGCGGCUGCUGUCUGCUGUAUCUCGACCACUGCAUGAAUUUAGAUCAAGAAGAAACUCGUCAACUUCAUCAAUUGCUGCAAAAGUUGCAUUUAAUUCGAGCAGGUCCUCUUUAAAUCAACAAGAAAGUCCACGAAAACUAAAGCCAAACAAGACACAAAAUGCAAAAUCAAAUAGCAUUAAUAGCACAUCAUCUACAGGAAGCAUGAGCAGUUAUAAUAGCGGUCCUAAUAGUGUAGACGCAUCUCCUAGUGUCGGCACCGAAACAUCAGAGAGUUUCCAAAAUGCACCAGGAGAACAGUCGAGUAUGCCUACUACUGCUAUCACCAAUAGUAGUAGUAGUAGUAAUAGUAAUAAUAACAUUUUGAGAAAAUCGAGGUCUUCUGGUACUUUAGCAUCUCAAGAAAAUGCUAGAAGUGUGAUGUAUCAAAACCGCAGUGCAAAUCUCAGCAUGGCUUCCAUAAAUAGCAAUUCACAUGAAGGAUUGAGAAAAUAUACAGUCAAUAGCAUCAGUUUUAGCAGAGUUCGAUAA